AGCGCUCGCACCCCGAGCAUGUGUAUUUCAUUAUUAUCAUCAUAUACAUUGAAAUGAGCAUAUGUAUAAAUAUUUUUAAACGUAUAUAUUAGAUUUAACGUAUAUAUUAGACUCGACAAAGUUUUUUUGUGUCGGUCCGUGUCCAGCCGGCGUACGAAAAAAUUUUUACUUUUUUUUUCAUUUUCGUCUCGUCGCCGAGAGCGAUCGAUAAGGAAUAUAUAUACCGGGGGACAGAAGAGAGAGAGAAAGAGAUAGAUAUAGAUAGAAAUAAAAUAAAAUAAAAUAAAUUUGUGAUACACGGAUGUGUGGGGAGCAAAAAAAAAAAGUACAACUUGAAUUUCGGCCGUGCGCGUUACGAAACGCGACGAUAUAAUACACAAGAUGAUAGGCACGCAACGCGCCUCGCAGCACACCGUAGUAGAAGAAAAUAGAGCGUGAUUGUCGAGAGUAAAAGUGGCGUCGAGUGCGCAGGGCGCACCGCGUAAUACGUACACAUGCUUCGUUGCUGAAAAACCACGUGCGAAAUUUCUCCUCGCUCUUCCUCCUCCGCCUACUACUACUACUACCACUGCUGUUGCUGCUGCUGCUGCUGGUACUCUUCCCUUCUCGGCUAAUCGUGUGCCGUACGCAUUCGAGUGAUGUGUAGCAUUGUUAUUUUAUACCAUUUAUAAACGCGAUGUGCAAUACCAUUGAUCGUAGGUAAACGGUAAUAAGCUCCGAAAAAUUAUCGCAAAGUGGAAGCUGCUACUGUGUGUUUGUGUAUUAUUGUCAUUAUCGAGUGUGCGGGUGAUAUCAAGAAAAAAAGAAGAAGAGAAGAGAAGAAGAAGACAUUAAUAAUCCUUGGAAAAUACAAGCCCCAAGGUGAUAACGAGCCACAUAUACACGAUGACGUACGAGAACGGCAAGAUGAACGUCAACCACGAGCAGGACAACAACGUCGUCGACGACGACGCGGCCGACGAGCGGGUGGAGCUGCGAGCUCUCACGGGCACCGGGAGCUCGGCCACUGGUGGCCCAGGUAGACGCACCCGAUUCCACGUCAAUCGGGUCGACAGCAUGGAGGGUCGGGCCAGUUUAUUGGGUCAGCAGGACUCGGAGCAGCAGCAGCAGCAGACCUUCCAUCGCAAGUCGCUGAGGAACAUGACGAGGGAGGCGCUGCCGAGGCUGGACAAUUAUCGCAACAUACUCAGCAUACAGGCGGCGCACAGGCCCUCGCUGGACGAGCUGCACAAUCCGACCCUCGAUAAGAGCACGAACGCGGCCCAGGCCAUACAGAACGAGCUGCACUCGAGCGUGGGCGCGACCGGCAUCAAAUUCGGCUGGAUCCAGGGCGUGCUGGUGCGAUGCCUGCUCAACAUAUGGGGCGUGAUGCUGUUCCUGCGACUGUCCUGGGUCGUGGCGCAGACGGGUGUCGGAGAGGCGAUACUACUGAUCUUGACAACAACUGCAGUAACUACCAUUACGUCACUUUCCAUGUCGGCAAUAAGUACAAAUGGUCUUAUAAAAGGAGGUGGAACGUACUACAUGAUAUCGAGAUCGCUGGGCCCGGAGUUCGGCGGCUCGAUCGGCCUGAUCUUCUCGCUGGCCAACGCCGUAGCCUGCGCCAUGUACGUCGUGGGCUUCUGCGAGUCGAUGGUCGACUGCCUCAAGGCCUACGACGUCUGCAUGUUCGACUGCGACAGUCGCGACAUAAGGGUCAUCGGCGUCAUAACGAUAGCCGUCCUCCUGCUCAUAGUCAUGGUCGGCAUGGAGUGGGAGGCCAAGACCCAGAUCGGCCUGCUCGUCAUCCUGCUGGUGGCGAUCGCCGAUUUCGUGAUCGGCAGCCUGAUCGGCCCCAAGAGCGAUCUCGAGCGCGCCCGCGGCUUCGUCGGCUACAACGCGGAGCUCUUCGCCGAGAAUCUGCGCUCGGAUUAUCGCGCGAGCGAGGGCACGCAGCACAGCUUCUUCUCGGUCUUCGCCAUCUUCUUCCCGGCGGCCACUGGGAUCCUGGCGGGGGCCAAUAUCUCGGGCGAUCUCAAGGAUCCGCAGAGCUCGAUACCCAAGGGCACGCUGCUGGCCAUACUCAUCACGACGAUCUCGUACAUCGUCAUAGCGGUGAUCAGCGGGGCCAGUGUGCUGCGCGACGCCAGCGGCGACGUCGCCGAUCUACUGACGACGCAGGCGGCAGCUUGGAACGACAGCAGUUACAACAAUCUGAGCCUCGUCGAAUCGGCCAGAAAUUUCACUAGCUACGGCGUCGACUUUAGCGCCUGCAAGGCCAGCCAGAGCUGCAGGUACGGCAGCCAGAACAGCUUCCAGGUGAUCGAGCUCGUCUCGGGCUUCGGGCCGUUCAUCUACGCGGGCUGCUUCGCCGCCACCCUGUCGUCGGCCCUGGCCUCGCUCGUCUCCGCGCCCAAGGUCUUCCAGGCCCUGUGCAAGGACAAGCUGUAUCCGGGCCUGCACUGGUUCUCCGGCGCCGAGGGCAAGGAGCCCGUGCGCGGCUAUCUGCUCACCUUCGUCAUUGCCAUUAGUUUCAUUCUCAUCGGUGAACUGAACGCCAUAGCCCCGCUGAUAUCCAACUUCUUCCUAGCCGCCUACACACUCGUUAAUUUUAGCACUUUUCACGCUUCCUUCACCAAGCCCAUCGGCUGGCGUCCGACUUUCAAGUAUUACAACAUGUGGCUGAGUCUCGCCGGCUCGAUUCUCUGCGUCGCCGUCAUGUUUCUGAUUUCCUGGUGGACCGCCUUGAUCACGCUGUCCACGGUGCUGGCCCUCUAUCUCGUCGUGUCUUACAGAAAACCAGACGUUAAUUGGGGCUCGACGACCCAGGCGCAGACCUACAACAACGCCCUGACCUCGGUCCAGCAUCUGGAUCGCGUCGAGGAGCACGUGAAGAAUUACCGGCCGCAGAUACUCGUGCUCACGGGCAAGCCGAGCUCGCGCUCGUCCCUCCUCGACUUCGCCCAUCACAUAACGAAGAAUCAGAGCCUGCUGGUGGCGGGCCACGUGAUCGAGACGGCGCUGGCGCACAAGACCAAGUCGUCGCUGGCCUCGCGCACCAGCCAGUGGCUCCGCGACAACAAGAUCAAGGCCUUCUACUCGGUGAUCGACGGCACGAGCUUCCAGGACGGCGCCACCUCGCUCAUGCAGGCCUGCGGCCUCGGCAAGAUGCGGCCCAACAUUCUGCUGAUGGGCUACAAGCAGGACUGGGCCACCUGUCCCAGGGAGAAUCUACUCAUGUACUUCAACGUGAUGCACAAAGCCUUCGACAUGCACAUAGCCGUGGCGCUGCUGCGGAUAAGCGAGGGCGAUCACGACGAGACGAUGAUCGAGGACGACAAUCAGGACGGACAGAAGAAGCCGCGCGCCAGACUACCACCCAAUCAGAGCUUCACGCAAUUGAGCCAAGCUAGCAGCGUCUCGGACGUCUCGAUGCCGGGCAGUCCAACGCCGCGCCGAGGCGCCAGCAAAAUAAUCAAUGAGUCGCCCAACGCCAACAACAACGCCAAUAACUCGUCCGCGAAUCGUACGACGGCAGCGGCUGCAGCCUCGGCGGCUCCGGGCGUGGGUGGUGGAGCAGCAGCAGCAGCAGCAGUCAGCUCCAAUGUCGAGGCCAAUAAUCAGCAGCAGCAAGGACUGACCAAGGACAUCCUGAACCAGCUGAGCUUCUUCCACAAGAAGCAGAAGAAGGGCACGAUCGACGUCUGGUGGCUGUACGACGACGGCGGCCUGACCCUCCUGCUGCCCUACAUCAUGAGCACUCGCCGCCACUGGUCGGCCUGUCGGCUUCGAGUCUUCGCACUGGCCAAUCGCCAGUCCGAGCUCGAGUACGAGCAGCGCAGCAUGGCCAGUCUGCUGUCCAAGUUCAGGAUCGAUUACUCGGCCCUCAAGGUCAUCUCGGACAUAUCGAGGCCGGCCCAGCCGCAGACCCAGAAGUUCUUCGACACGCUCACGGCCGAGUUUCUCCAGUCGACGAAUCCAGACGCCGAGAACGCCGAGAACGCCAACGAAGAAUACAUCAUCAAGGAAUCGGAGCGCAUAGCCAUGAAGGAGAAGACCAAUCGACACCUACGCCUGCGCGAGCUGCUGCACGAGCACUCGAUGGAGGCCAACUUGAUCGUCAUGACACUACCGAUGCCGAGAAAGGGUGCGGUCUCGGCGCCCUUGUACAUGGCCUGGCUCGAGGCCCUCACCCGAGACAUGCCGCCCUUCCUGCUGGUGCGAGGAAAUCACACGUCCGUCUUGACGUUCUACUCAUGACGACUCUGUUGCCGAGAUCGUUAUUGUCAUUAUUAUUAUUAUUAUUAUUAUUAUUAUGAUUAUUAUUACUGCGUUACGGUGUGUUGAUUUUUUUUCAUGUUUUUUUUUUUUUUGUAAUAACGCAAUUAUGAUUAUACACGCACGACGUUAUGGUCGAGGAGGCGCUUUUUCCACCUUUGCGAAAAUAAUAAAAAAAAAAGGCUUCGCGAUUUUAACGACAAUGAAUGUAAUAAUACAGUAUGUAUAUUAUUUUUGAACGAAAGGUACAGAAAAAAGAAGAAGAAAUAUUUUAUAUUUAUAGAAAAAUGAGAAGAAUUACAAAUAGUCGAAUGACAUGUAUUUAGAGAGCAAAAGCAAUCUCCAUCGCCACACACACACAGCAGCAAUCCGCGCAGAGAAAAACGAUUUUAUUUUUCCUUCCACAAUGUAAAUAACAUAUUGUAUUGAAUAUAUACGUUUUAGACGAGUUUACAAUUAUAUUUUUCUACUCUUAGAACGUUAAGGUUUUUAAAAACGAUCGUUAACUGACGAAGAAGAAAAAAAGCGCGAGUGCGUAUAUAUCAUAUAAUUAAAGAAAUAAAUGCAUACUUUGUGCCCCUUCGAUGAAAUAUUCGAAACUAUAAUAAUAAAUGAUGAUGAUCGAUUAGAAAAAGAGAAAAAAAAAGUAUGAAAAAGAAGACGCAGACGAGUAAACUCAUUAGAUCUGAAAAUUAAUUGUACGAUCGUGGCCGUCCAAGCGAGAGAAUGCGAGCGACGAUAUAUAGAUAUAUUGCCUCUCGAUGUAGUACGAAACGAUAAUGUACAUGAUAUAUAUAUAACUUUUAGUCGAAGAAAAAAAAAUGAGCAGAGAGCGUAUACGAGAACCGUAUUGUAUCAAUACGACACACUUUUAGGGAUCUUAAUAUAAUAAUAUAUUAUUUUAUGAGACUAUUUUUAAUAAAAA